AAAUCCAAACGUUCGCGUUCGUUUGAGACGGCUAGUCUUCUGAUAUUCCUGUUCCACGUGUUCGCGCAUGCGCGCGGCACACAGUUCGCGUCGCACGUGAGCGUGAACACGCCAGCCCACAGCUUCAGGCACGGCGUCGGGGACCCGCUGCCCACGCGGCAGGGCUAUAGGAGCUCCAGACAUGAAUCGUACCGGCUGUUACGUAAUCUCGUAUACCCAGACGACAUUGAAAAGAAAACGUACAAGGAAUUGGUUGAAGUACUCGAUAAGCAUUUUAAACCCAAGCAGUGCUCGUUCGUCGAGAAGGCAAAAUUCUACGGUGCUACAAGGAGUCCUGGUGAAACCCUAGGUGACUGGGCGGCGCGAUUAAGGGGUCUCGCAUGCUAUUGCGAAUUCGGUACCGCCUUAGACAUGGUUCUGCUGGACCGUUUCGUCCUCGGGUUGGGCAUGGGCCAUGAAAGGGACAAGCUAUUUGAGCAAGACUAUAAAAGUUUGACCUUCGCGAAGGCACUGGAAAUUGCGGAGAAGGCUGAGUGCGCACGAGAGGCAAAAAAGGUGGAUACAUCUGGCGCUGAUGUGAUAGUGAAGCAGGAGCCGGUGUUUCGGGUAGGCAGCGACGGACCACCAGUGCGGCAAAUGCAACAACGCGGCAGCGGCGGCGGCGGCUACCCGCGCGUCAUGCCGCGCAUACCCUUCGACAGCGAAGAGAGACGCGGCGAUGGAGUCAACAGUCUGUCGUGGCCUUAUGAUGCCCAACAAGAAACCUAUAUCCCCGUACUUCCGCCGUCGCCAUACAAAGUGGACUCUCCGGACCCGGAGUCGCUCUGGCCCGAGGGUCUCUUCCUGCCGCCCCUCGGCGCCUCCCGUUUCGGCUUCGGCCGCAGGACUGACGCCGAACCGGAAAUUGUUGAUCCAUACCUGGUGGAAGGUUCGGAAGCGGUCGCGGCGGUGGGUCGGGCGCGGCAGCACGGUGUGUACUACUUCCACGACGUACCUCACAUAGAGUCGCUGCUCGCCAACCAGGAGCUGCGCGCGCUGAACCGCCUGCAGCCGCACCGCGUCGCCAGCAUACGGCACACGUGGCCGUACAACCGACCCUAGUACCACCAACAACG